UACUUAUAAUUUGGAGUUUUUAGAGUGAUGGCAAGAGCUUUUUACGGUGUUUUGUGUUUCUUACUUCUUAGUGUUGUUCUUUUAAAAAAUGCGGAAGGUCGAAAUUUAACGAGAUGUGGACUCACAAACGAACUAAUGAAUUUGGGAUUUGAUAGGACACUAUUAGGAAAUUGGGUGUGUUUGGUGGAAAGUGAAAGCGGUAAAAAAACUGAUAAAAUGAAGAAAAAAGCCAAUGGAAGUUAUGCGCUUGGAUUAUUUCAAAUUAAUAGCAAGGAAUGGUGCACCUUUGACAAAAAGGGAGGAAAAUGUGACAUGAAAUGUGAAGAUUUGACCAACGACGAUAUUUCAGACGAUUCCAGAUGCGCCCAGAAAGCGUUCCAGGAAAUGGGUUUUCGCGGUUGGGAGGGCUGGAUGCGAAGUUGUUAUGGGCGGAAGCUACCCAUCCCGAAUUGUUAAAGUUUGCCUCUAAAAUUCCAAUAAAUGAACAAAAUAUUGUUUUAAUAAAAUUAUGCUCCCCCCAUCAGCUGAUUAUAAUUUUUAAUUAAACAUCUGAUGCAAAAGUGUAUACAUAAUUG